AUGUUUGCUUAUGUUGUUGGAGCUCAAAUGGGAAGUAGAAGCAAAUUCAAGAAAAUAAACCCAGGCAAAAUGCAAGGAGGAAUACAAGCAAUCUUCUCACACGGGAAUGUGCUCAAGAAUGCUGUUCUGAAACAUGUGCGUUUAGUGACUCCAGCCAUGCGGCCUCUUAUGUUUGUACGUCACGAGACAGUUUCGGCUGCUCAUAUAGAAGAGCAUGGUUUUGAGAGCACCAAAAUUGCUGACAUUUUGAAAGCUAAAGGGAAAAAUGCAGAUGGAUCCUGGCUCUGGUGCACAACUGAUGAUACUGUGUAUGAUGCAGUGAAGUCGAUGACACAGCACAAUGUUGGAGCAUUGGUGGUUGUCAAACCGGGGGAGCAGAAGUCGAUUGCUGGAAUCAUCACUGAAAGAGAUUAUCUCAGGAAAAUAAUCGUACAGGGAAGGUCAUCAAAGUCGACGAAGGUUGGAGACAUUAUGACUGAAGAGAAUAAGCUUAUUACAGUGACGCCAGAAACCAAAGUUUUGAUGGCAAUGCAACUAAUGACAGAUAACCGUAUCAGGCACAUUCCAGUGAUUAAUGACAGUGGAAUGAUUGGCAUGGUAUCGAUUGGAGACGUUGUUCGUGCUGUGGUGAGCGAGCAUCGUGAUGAGUUGAACCGAUUGAAUGCGUAUAUACAAGGAGGAUACUAG